UUUUGCGGACGUAUCGACGUUUACCGGUCCUCGAUUGUUUUGUUGUCUCUUCGUAUAUCAGUGACAAGCGAUCAUUUAUUGAUAAAGAAUAUACACACACACACACACACAUAUAUAUAUAUAUAUAUAUAUAUAUAUAUAUAGAUGAAACUGACUAAUAAUACGACACGCAGAAAGUUAACAUAUUUAAGUUGGUUUUUCGAUGAUUACAACCGGUCUUUCAAGUUCGAUGAGAAGUAUGUCAAAGUCGAUGUGAUGUGUUACUGUGCGACCUUUCAGGAUGACGGCCUCCCAAGUAUCAUGUAGAUUUGGAUAAGUUCCAUACACAAAUGAGGUGAGAGAAAAAUAGUAAGAAAGAAGAAGUUUAUCAAAACAUUGAAGAAAAAGGGAUUUUCAAAGGGUUCAAGAAAAUAAAUUAUUAAAAGAAAAGUAUAAACACAACAAAAAAUGUGGUACAAUAAUCACUGGCCUAGAAACAGGCUUCUCUUUGAUAAGAUAAGAACUAUAGAAAGAAUAGAAGAAAAAUAUAAUAACGUAUUAUCAACAUAGGAAGAUAUUAAAGAAUAAAGAAAAAAGUAAGGCACAAUCCAGAAGUGCAAGCAAUUGUAUAGAUGUUUGAUAAAAGUAUAAUAGAGUGGUAAGAAGUAUAAUUAUAAAAAGGAGGAGAAGAGAGAGAUAAAAAAUCUAGAAAAGGUGGGUAGGAAGGAAUGGGUGCUGGGUUGGGCAGGAGCAGCACCAGUGGAGGUGGUCUGCUCGAGGCUCUUCCCACAGGAACACCGCUUCAUGUAGCUAUGUUAGGUCUUGACAGUGCAGGAAAAACAACUGCCCUUUAUAGAUUAAAAUUUGAUCAAUAUUUGAAUACUGUACCGACCAUUGGUUUCAACUGCGAAAGAAUCCGUGGUGGCAUUGGCAAAGCAAAAGGAGUAAAUUUUUUAGUUUGGGACGUAGGUGGACAAGAAAAAUUACGACCUUUAUGGAAAUCAUAUACUAGAUGCACAGACGGUAUUAUUUUUGUUGUUGAUUCUUGUGAUGCAGAAAGACUUGAAGAAGCAAAAAUGGAACUUACAAAAACAGCAAGGAGUCCUGAUAAUGCGGGUGUGCCCAUUUUAAUUCUUGCAAAUAAGCAAGAUUUGUUAGGUGCUAAAGAAGUGAGUGAAUUGGAAAAGCAACUUGGUGUCUUGGAAUUGGCUGGAAUGCCUGGCAGUUCCAGUAUAAGAGUGCAGCCUGCUUGUGCUAUUACAGGGGAAGGUUUACAUGAAGGCCUGGAUACUCUUUAUCAAUUGAUAUUAAAGCGACGCAAAUUGGCCAAGCUAAAUAGAAAAAGGGCUAGGUAGGCCAGGGCUUCGGAAGACUGCACUUGCGUCUUCUGAUAUUGCCCACGGAUGAUCUCUUCCCUGGUAACGGAAAUGCCCACCGUGGGUCUCUCCGUAUCAUCUUUUUCAUUCUUGUCAACUUUCUCAUCGACAUUGUUGACAGCUAAGAAGUGCUCAAUUAAAUAAGUAGAUGGCUAAAACAGCAAUAGCCCCGUAAGUCUGAAAGUAGAAUAGUAUUGAUUAUUACAAUUGUUUCAAUUGUUAUUACAACUACUGAUAGUUUGUUAACUUAGGUCACAUCAAGUCUUGCGAUCAACUUUGUGUUGAAGAGCUCAGACUAAUCAAACUUGACUAAGCAAAACAUCCGCACUUAUAAGACUAAAUCAUACAAGAUUGAUAGCUUGAUCUAAGAAAAAUUCUUUACUCUAUAUAUGACUUGAAUUCAAUUCUGAUAAGAGGAAUAUACCAUCCACAUAGUUGAUGGAAUUUCAGAUUGUGGAUUAUCACUUCCUAAUCUAAGAUUUAAUAGAAGAUAUAUAUUGGUGGUAUUAUCUUCUAUUCAUUCACGAUAAAGUGUGAAUGAUGGUUUUAUAUCUUAGAACCUUACAUACUAUUGUGCCACUUAGUCUGGAAGUGAUCGAAGUUGAAAAUGAUAAAUUAUGAACUAUUAAUUUUAUUAAAGAGGAAGAGUAGUAUUACUAGAUCAGACUUUUAAUAAUUUUGGACUUGCCAUUGUGGUAAGAGGCAUCACUGUUAACAGGACAAUAACUGAGCUUGAAAUGUGUAUUCAUGUGAACAUCCCAAUUGGAGUUUUGCAUUCACAAUAGACAUAUGGAGCAUUAGUACAUAUACUAUGAUUCCGAAAGUCAGUUGUGACUGUGGCAUGCAUUCUAUUGUGGAAAGAGAUAGUGUUUCAUCUAUUUCCACUUGAACAUCUUACCUUACUUAACGAGUGAUUGUCUAUGAGAUUCUUGGAUCUUAACUCUGAUUGGAAAAGUAUGAUUGUUCAAUGCGCAGUAUUGAGCUCUUGAUCAUACAAUGACUUAGUAUGCAUCGUAAUGCAAAUAAAUAGUAUGCUAGCACUGAAAGAGGCAGUUACAAUUAGAGGCUGUCUCAUUCUCAGGGCCUUUAUGAUAAUUCAGAUCCCUCAUAUGAUAAUAAAAGGAUUAAAUCAAGAAGCCAGGAGUUCUCAAAUUACAUGAGUUUGAAGUGCGACCAAUAAGCACCGAUUGCACUGAGCAUUACUAUAAUACCAAUAAUAUUACUGAUUGUUAACAAUGAAAAUGGGAGAUUAAGCAAAUUCAUAAGUUCAUGCAAAUACAGCGCAGCUUAUUAUCUCUAGCCAACAGAUAUUUCUGCUGGCUAAGUUUAAGUAUACCACUUUUUUGGCCUUCAUAGAUUGCAGCAUAGUCUGUAUAAUUGUCAUUUCAUUACCUAAGACAAAAACUGGAAGUCAUUUGAUAUUGAAUGCAGGAGCUCUCGAUGUAGCUUUAACUCCUGAAUUAACAUGAAUUAAUCUAGUGAAAUAUUUGUCUACCGUGAAAUUGUAUACAAAUGUUCCCAAUUUGUAAUAUACACUUUGGUGGAAAGCUUGUUUUUCCAUGUACUGGCAUUUGAAUCUGUAUAUUUGUGCUCAUUUUGUGCAUGUUUCGUGUUGAGUACAUACAUGAAAUCUCUUGCCAAUUUGUUUAAAUUUAUAAACAAUAUCAAUACUCGCUAAA